AUGAUUUCGUUGAUUUCUAUAGCAUGCCUUGCUCUGAUUGCAUCCGCGUACGCCCAGGUCUCCGAAUAUGUAGAGCCAUCGGUGCCUACAGGAGUACCAAUACCUGGAAACUACAGUGGUGCUCUUCGCCCACAGGUCCAUUUCUCCCCUCCCAAGGACUUUAUGAAUGAUCCCAAUGGCAUGUUUGUCGAUGCGAAUGGCACGUAUCAUUUGUACUACCAAUACAAUCCGACAGGCGUCGUGGCAGGUAAUCAGCACUGGGGGCAUGCCACGUCCCAGGAUCUCUACCACUGGGCGAAUCAGCCAAUCGCCAUAUUCCCUCCCGACGCACAGUCCAACAUCUUCUCAGGUUCCGCGGUCGUGGACGUGAACAACACGUCAGGGUUUUUCCCACGUCAAGACAAUGGCAUCGUGGCCGUGUACACCAUCAACACGCCCACGUCGCAGACACAGGCACUUUCAUACUCCAUCGACGGCGGGUACACCUUUCACCCUUACUCCGGAAACCCGGUGUUGAGCGACAAUUCUAGCCAGUUCCGCGACCCCAAAGUCAUCUGGCACGCGGCCACGCAGAAAUGGGUCAUGGUGGUCGCCUACGCGCAGGAUCUCGCCGUCGGCUUCUUCACGUCCGACAACCUGAGGGAAUGGGACCACGUCUACAACUUCUCCCAUCACGGCCUGUUGGGAGACCAGUACGAAUGUCCCAAUCUGGUGGAAAUACGGAUGGAGGGCCACGAAGAAGACAAGCCGCGGAUGUACCUGCUCGUCGUGAGCAUCAACCCCGGCGCUCCCCUCGGCGGCUCCAUCACCCAGUACUUCCCAGGCACCUUCAACGGCACUGUCUUCACGCCCGUCGACGGCGCCGCGCGCAUCGCCGAUUUCGCCAAAGACAACUACGCGGGACAAUUCUUCUACGGCGUCCCCGCGGGCCGCGAUCAGUUAUCCAUCGGCUGGGCGAGCAACUGGCAAUACUCGCAAGUCGUACCGACGGGCCCCUUGGAAGACUGGCGCUCAUCCAUGUCGCUCCCACGGAUCAACUACCUGAAGAACAUCAGCCGGGUGGGCUAUGACCUCGUGUCAGCACCGUACGAUUUGUCGCCUGUGAUCAACACCACCGCGCUGGCUCGAAAGACUAUAGGAAACGGCAGUGUAAGCGUCGACUACUCCUCCGUCGCCUCCGGGGCGCUGUACUUCCAGAUCAACAUCACCAACAUCCCCACAACCAACAUCACAGGCACCACGAACUUUACGUUCUCGUCGUCCCGCUCCGGCGAGUCGCUCAGGGGAGGCUACCUCCUCACUCCCGACAGCGCCUUCUUCCUCGACCGCGGUAACAUCCAGGGCUUCGACAACCCUUUCUUCACCGACAAGUUCUCCACGAGCUGUCCGUACAACACUUCGUCAUCGUCGCCACUGACCUGGCGCGUCGAGGGCGUGGUCGACCGGAGCAUUCUCGAGGUCUUCAUCAACGGCGGCGAAUCCUCCGCCACGCUGACCUUCUUCCCCGAGCAGGCGCUCGAUACCCUCAGGAUCAGCUCGGGCGGCCUCAACCCCGGCGUCAGCGUGAGUGCGGCCGUGUAUGAUCUCGACAGCGCGUGGGCGAGGUUUGAGGAUGUCCACGGCACGGUGGUGGGGAAUGUGACCGCUGACCACUGA